CUCCUCCUCCUCAGAUUGCACAAAUACCACUUCCGGUUUACCCGGAAGUAAGCAUAAUUCCCAAAGAUGGCGGAGCAAGGUCCGAUGGCCAUAGCGAUGCGGCUCCGAAACCAGCUCCAGUCCGUCUACAAACUGGACCCGCUGAGGAACGAGGAGGAGGUGAAGUUGAAGAUCAAGGACCUGAACGAACACAUCGUCUGCUACCUGUGUGCGGGUUACUUCAUCGAUGCCACAACUAUUACAGAGUGUUUGCACACCUUCUGUAAAAGUUGCAUUGUGAAAUACCUGCAAACGAGCAAGUAUUGUCCGAUGUGCAACAUCAAAAUCCAUGAAACACAGCCUUUACUCAACCUCAAACUGGAUCGAGUGAUGCAGGACAUUGUCUACAAACUGGUGCCUGGACUACAAGAAAGUGAAGACAAAAGAAUAAAGGAAUUUUAUCAGUCGCGUGGGUUGGAGAGAGUCGUCCAACCGUCUGGAGACGAUGCUGUACCCGAUGCUACAGGUUUACCGUACACAAGCUUCGACCAUUCAAAAGCCCACUUCUACAGAUAUGAUGAGCAGGUUUCGCUCUGUCUAGAAAGGCUAAGUUCGUCGCUUGCUGGAAAAGAUAAAACGAAACUCACUCUUCAGCAGAAGUUUGUUCGUUGUUCUGUCCGAGCGGAGGUGAGACACCUACGGAAAGUGCUUUGUCAUCGGCUGAACGUGGAAAAACACCAGGUCCAGAUGUUGUUCAAUAACGAGUCUCUGCCCGAUCACAUGACCAUGAAACGCUUAUGGCUCUCGCACUGGUUUGGCAAGGCCCAACCUUUAGUGCUUCACUACGUCAUCAAGGACAAAAGGACCAGAUAGGACAUGCUUUCACUCGGAGGACAGCUGUACAUAUUUUGUACAAUACAUAUUCUAUUUUAAUAGUGUUUUUGUGUACAUAUUACUUAUUUUCCUUGUUUUGUAUUUUUGAAAAUAAAUUUUAAAUGGGAAACAUAA